AUGAGUCUAACAUUAGUAUCUUACAAUAUCUCUCCUUUUGUACUCAGAGUCACAUCAGCUUUAAACUAUUUCUAGAUUCCAUAUCAACAGAAGGACGUUGAUGUAAUGAAUAAGCCUGAAUGGUUUAUCAAAGCUAAUCCUCUAGAAAAGAUUCCAACAUUAUUUGUAGGAGACAAAGUCAUAUAAGAAUCCCUAGUUAUUUUAGAAUAUAUUAACUCACUCGUUCCUAACUCCUUACUACCUAAUGACCCACUUGAAAAAGCAAUAAAUCGUUCCAGAGCUGAAUUUUCAAAUGAUGUCAUAGGAGUCAUUUUAGGAUUAACAGCAGCAUCUACAGAAGAAGUAUUUUAUUAACUCUAAUAUAGGCUUUUAAUAAUGGAUUGACAGAAUUGAAAUGGUAUUUUGAUAAACUAGAAAAUUGGUUAAAAUAAACCAAAUUUAUAUACAGUGACGAAUUAACUCUAGCAGAUUUUGCAUAUGUUCCAAUUUAUGCAAUUCUUCAAGCACUAUCACCACAUUUGAAGUUUAAUAUAUUUGAAGGAUUUCCAAAAGUUUAACAAUAUGGAACAACCCUUUUAGGUCUUCCUAGAGUUGGUACAAGUAAACCAGAAGGUUAUGAGUAAAUUUUAUUAGAAAGAAUAAAAACAAGAAAACCUUAUUUUUUAUCUGUGUGA